AUGUUGAAACUUGGACAAGCUACGAGUUUGUUGUGCCAGUGGGAGGGGAAAGCGGUCCUGGCUCCUGGCACUCGCGUCGAUCUCCUCGAGGCACCGGGAGCACCGAGUUCUAGAUUACAGAUCUUAUCCGGGGCCCGAGCUACGCCCUACGCGGCAAAACUUAUGACCGGGGCCCUAAGGAUCCGAGAAUCGCGCGAGAAAGGGGAUUCGGACGGCUGGCGCACGAAGCUCUCGCUCCGCACGUAUGAAGUCGUUCGAAGACCAGGCCGAGCUCGAGACGAGUUCAGAUGCCGUUUGCCGAAGCACGCUCCUCCACCCAUACGGACGGCGAACGGAGCACCCAGCGUUCCACACGCAGCUCGCAAUCAGCUUCAGUGCGUUCCCGUCUCGCUUCGUAGAAGCCGAUUUCCCAGCCUGACCACAAUAGACUCUUCAAUUAGAAAGCUCGUCCAGGCGCCGCUUCCGUGGACCACACUCGCCGAUCUCCAACGCGAGGAGCCGCUUCCACGGAUUGGCUUCCUUCAACAGGUGAACGCAGGUCCCGAAGGCAUGAACGACAGCGCCGAGAGGCAUCGGAGAUGAGCUUACCUUGAUUAAUCUCAAGAGUGUGGAGUGGCGGAGUGGCUACUGUUAACCAACGUUCAAACAGAAGUUGUUGAGGAUUAAAGUCACGAGCAGACCUGCCUCACUCGAGUAGCAGGUAGAUGAUAAGAAAUGACAUGCAUGUCUAAAGCCAAUAAACCGAUUUCAUUAAUA